AUGUUAUUUUGGUUACAGGUAGUUUUUUGUUCAACUCCAAUAUUAGAUUUUAAUUUUUUAGUAGAUCUAGAGAAUUCAUCAAACUACUUAAAAGCAUUUGAAAAUAAAGGAUUAUGUGAAAAUGUAGGUAUACAACGAAAGUUUCAAGAAGCGACUAAGACAGUAGAUAAAUAUUUAGAUGAAAAUCCAGUUGAUUCUAAUUUGCUAAAUGAUUUGGCAGAUUUUAUAGAAGAAAGUUUAAAUGGCAGGUAUGAAGAUGUUGAUUAUGAUUUAUGUGAUUUUUUGUCAUCAAUCAAUGCAGAGAACAAUUUGAUGCCACCCAGUUGCACAAGAAGUACACUUAUUACUAAUGUAUGUAAAAACCAAUGUUGUACAUUAGAACAAUCGAUAGAUGACACGACACGCUUUAAAAAUUUAAACAGUAAUGAAAAUGAUACAGCGGAACACUCUUACGUUAAUACAUCUUUGAAUGAUGAUACUAAUUUAUUAUUACAUAAAAAUCAAAAUGAUUUAAUGCAAGAUCAAUAUGCUAACUCGGAAAGUAACACUUUUUCAGAAAAAAAUAAUAAUGUUUUGAUUUCAUCAAGUCAACAAACUUACAAUGUCGGGAAUAAUAGUGUAAAUGAACCAAAUGAUUUUCAAACAGAUGCUUUAUUUAAUGUUGAUAUUUUAUCUACGAUUAAUAACCCCGGAAGCAGUUCUUCUUUUAAUAAUGCUUACAGAAAUGGUAUUAACGUAAAAGAUAAAGAGAAAAGACCGAAAACUAACAAAAUAUUUAAUAUACAAACAAAUGGUAAUAAAAUAACUUUGAAAUCUAAAAGAAAAAAAAACACCAGCAAAGAAACUCUAAAAAGUCAAUUUACAGCUAGCGAGCGCGAACUUUUUGAAAAAUACAAGGAAUCUGAAGGUGAAUUUAGAAGAUUUUUUAAACUUAAAAUUAAAAAUCAAAUACCGCAAUUUAUUAAGAAACUUGAAAUAUCUAAUCUUUCUGAUGACCUUAAACAAAAUUCAAUUUUUGCUCUAAGAAAUCUUUCAAGUUUUUUAGAUACGAUAAGUGCAACUAGAAUUAAUACGAGGAAAAAGAAAAAUAAGAAAGAAUUUUUAAAUUCAUUAAAUUUAGCAUAUAAUCAAUUUAGCAAGUAUGCCUUGCUGUCUCAAAAACUUUUAAUUUUUAAAUAUAUUUGUAAAAAUUUGCACAGUGUUUAUGAUGGCGGUUUUUGUUGUAUUUCUAGUUCUGAUUUUAAUGAAGUUAACAGAUUUAUAUUUUCUGUUAAAAAAAGAUUUAAUUCAUUUUACAGUAGACUAUCAAAAUUAAGAGAAAUAUUUGAAAAAAAAUGA